AUGGAUAGUAUAGCUUCGUGGAAUAUAAGGGGUUUGAACCAGCCCCUGAAACAAAAGGAGGUUCGUAUGCUUUUGUCUGAAAAUCGGUUAGCUGUUUGUGCUAUUCUAGAGUCUCAUGUGGAUGUUACAAACCUAGCUAAGGUGUGUAAAGCUGUUUUUCGUAAUUGGGCUUGGACGUCGAAUGGUGAUGUGUGUGAUCGUGGUACUAGAAUCAUCAUAGGAUGGAACAUGGAUGUUGUGGAUCUCAUGGUCUUAUCUCUAGAGGACCAAGUUAUCCAUACACAAAUAUGUCCUAAAAAUGGUAAUAAUCCUUUUUUCAGCUCCUUUGUCUAUGCUAAGAAUUCUUAUCAGGAGAGAAGAUGCUUAUGGGAAAAUCUAUGUAUGCAUAAAAGCCUUUGCCAUGAUAAGCCUUGGGUAGUCAUGGGGGAUUUUAAUUCGGCCCUCCAUGUGGAAGGUUCUUUGUAUGGUCCUUCUACGAGUUCCAUUGGCAUGAGAGAGUUCCAUGAUUGUGUUCAGUAUACGGAACUCGUUGAUAUUAAGGGUCAUGGGUUGCACUAUACGUGGAAUCAGAAACCAAAGAAGGGAAUUGGCUUGUUAAAAAAGAUAGAUCAGGUUAUGGGUAACUUGAAAUUCAUAGAGAUGUUUCCGGAAGCUUUUGUUCGUUAUCAUCCGUUUAGAAUAUCGGAUCAUACUCCAUGCAUUCUCAAGAUGGCGAACUCGGUCAAGGUGAAGCAGAAACCGUUCAAGUUUGCAAACUUUCUUACUUCCAAACCGGAAUUCAGGUUGUUUGUGGAGCAGGAGUGGACGAAAAGGGUUCAGGGAGUCACAAUGUUUUCGGUAACUAAGAAGCUUCGAAAUCUGAAACCUUUUAUGCGGAAAAUUUUGUUCAAACAAGGUAAUCUGCAUGAAAAAGUUUUGGAGCUUAGGAAACAGUUGGACGAUAUUCAGAAGCAAAUUGAUGUUAAUCCGUUAGAUGUCGGCUUGAGAGAGAAGGAAGUCGAGUGUCUUAACCAGUUCAAAACGGCUUCUUAUGAUGAAGAAUGUUUUUUUAAAACAAAAGUCUAA